AUCUAACUGGCUAAAACCGUGCUGUGGGAGACGAGCAGCUGUGUGGCAGGUAUUUUUGCUCAGUGCAAGUCUCAACAGUUUCCUGGUAGCCUGUGUAGUAUUGGUGGUGAUUCUUCUGACUCUGGAACUCCUAAUAGAUAUAAAGCUUCUCCAGUUUUCAAGUGCUUCACAGUUUGCAGGAAUAAUUCACUGGAUCAGCCUAGUCAUCCUGUCUGUUUUCUUUUCAGAGACUAUUUUGAGGAUUGUGGUCCUUGGCAUAUGGGAUUACAUUGAAAACAAAAUAGAGGUGUUUGAUGGUGCUGUCAUAAUCUUGUCCUUGGCACCAAUGGUGGCCUCAACAGUGGCUAAUGGCCCCAGCAGCCCAUGGGAUGCUAUCAGCCUUAUUAUCACACUACGAAUAUGGAGAGUGAAGAGGAUCAUUGAUGCCUAUGUCCUUCCAGUGAAAGUGGAGAUGGAGAUGAUGAUUCAGCAAUAUGAGAAGGCAAAGGUUAUUCAAGAUGAGCAGCUGGAAAGACUAACCCAGAUCUGCCAAGAACAAGGGUUUGAAAUCAGACAGCUGAGGGCCCACCUUGCUCAGCAGGAUCUGGAUCUAGCUGCAGAGAGAGAGGCUGCGCUGCAGGUCCCACAUGUACUGAACAAACAGAGCAGCAACAGGUACAAGGUGGUAGCAACUGAGGAUUCGGAUGAUGAAACCACCGAGAGCAUCACUGAGCUGCGACAUCCACGAGAGGAUGACAUGAAUAAUUACGUCAGUCGAUACCACAAUGAGCCUAGCAGUG